AUGGGGGUUGGGGAGUCCGGUGCCUGUAGCGGGCAGGUGAAUCCAGCCGGCAACCCCAAAGCUUCUUCACAGGGUCUUUUGGGCCAUUUGGCACGAGAGAAGGGUGGUUCUUCUAGUUCGGUGACAAAACUGGGAGCGGGGAAACAAGUCGCCAGUGAAUCAAGUUUCAUCAAUGCUGCGGGCGGCACCAAGACUGAACCAGGAGGGGGGAUGAUGGAGGGCCCUGUGGCAAAUGGAGAAGAGGGGGGGAGGCCUUUCUUAUAUGAGAGGAAGGUCAAGGAGUUCCAAGACUUUCUGACAUUGAGUGGAUUGAUUGACAUGGGAUUUUCAGGCUCUAAGUUUACAUGGUGCAACAAUCAGCAAGGCCAAGCUAGAGUAUGGGAGAGACUUGAUAGAGCCUGCGCGACCGCUGGGUGGAUUCAGUCCUUUCCGGAUCAUCAUGUGAGCCAUCUGCCCAGGAUUGCGUCGGAGCACAACCCAUUACUGGUGAGUACAGAUUCUUAUAUUCCAGUUCAUUCCUCCUUCAGAUUUGAGAAAAUUUGGCUCUGUUAUCCGCGGUCGUGGGAGAUGGUGAGGGAGGCAUGGAGUGCACCAGUGAGAGGAGAUGCUAUGUAUCGGGUGUCCCGUAGAUUGGAGUUAAUGAGGAGACGAUUGAGGAGGUGGAAUCGUGAGGAGGUGAGAGAUAUUUUCAGGAGGAUAGAGGAGUCAGAGGAGGCUAUAGCCAGGUUACAGACCCAGGAGGACCAGAGGGGGGGCCUAGCGGAUGAGGAGUUGGGGGACCUUAGAUCUUUAUUGGCUUUGCAUGACGGUCUCCUUAGACAACAGGAGACAUUCUGGAGACAGAAAUUGAGGAUACAGUGGAUUGUGGAGGGGGAUAGAAACACUAGGUUUUUUCACCAGGCGACAGUUAUCAGGAGGCACCAGAACAUGAUCAGAGUCCUCCGGGAUGAGGAGGGGCAGCUGUCGGAGGACCCGGAGAUGAUUCAGAGGAUUAUGGAGAGCUUUUUUAGGGCCAGGUGGACAGAGCAGUCUACUGAUGGGAGUCUAGCAGUUAUACCUUCGCCUGUGGGCGGGGUGUUAGAGGAGGAGACAGCAGCAUUGAUCAGAUCGGUGUCGGAGAGGGAGAUCAGAGACGCGGUGAGGUCCCUUAAGAGGGACAAGGCCCCAGGGCCGGAUGGCUUCCCACCCUUGUUUUUUCAGAGAUACUGGAUGAUAGUUGGGCGAGAUGUGACGACAGCCAUACAGCAGUUCUUCAGCACAGCAGUGAUGGCAGCAGACUGGCAGAGAACUUUCAUCACCUUGAAACUGAAGCGGCAGGAUGCUACGGAGCCGAGUCACUUUCGUCUGAUUAGCCUUUGUACGACCUUGUACAAGGCUAUAGCGAGGAUUCUUGCCGUUAGGUUGAGGGAGGGCUCCGAUGAGAAAGAGUUUGAUGGGAUCAAGCUUGAUAUGGAGAGGGCCUAUGAUAGGGUGAGGUGGGAUUUUUUGCAGCAGUCCUUGCAGGUGUUCGGAUUUCAUGAGACUUGGAUCAGAUCCCUACAGCAGGCAGUGGCUGCUCAGGAGAUGGAGGUUUACAGACCGAUGGUGGGGGCUACCUCGAUCUCCCACUUGCUUUUUGCUGAUGACUGUUUGCUUCUUGCCAGGUCGUCGCGUCAGGUGGCCCGGCGGGUCAAUCUGACCAAGUCAGCUGUUACUUUUAGCCCGAAGACUAAGGAGGCGGUGAGGCCCUCUAUAUUGGAGAUCCUGGGAGUGGGAGCGCAGGAGGGUAUGAUGACAUACUUGGGGGUCCCACUUUCGGGCCAGCGGUUACGGCGUAGGGAUUGUACUUUCCUGAAGCUCAGUAUCAGGCGCAGAUUGGAGGGUUGGCAGAUGCAUUCACUAUCUAUGAUGGGUAGGAUCACUCUGGUUCGUUCAGUUCUUACCUCAGUUCCUAUAUACCUGCUUACCAAUGCCAUUAUUCCAGUUAUAGUUCUAAGGUCCCUGGAGCAGUUAUUCAGGAAUUUUAUCUGGGGAAGGUGCAGUAGUAGGGGUGGGGUCCACUUGAUGGCUUGGGAUGUUGUGUGCCUGCUGACUAGUCUUGGAGGUUUGGGGGUGCAGUCCCUCGUAGCGAGGCGGAAGGCCUUAGCGGCUAGACAUGCGGUGAGAUUUGUACUCGAGCCCGAGAGUAUGUGGUCCUCAUUGAUGAGGGCCAAGUAUGGCGCCUUGGUCCCCAGGGUGCGAGUUGGUCGGCACCACUCUCCGGUCUGGAGGGAGAUGUGUGCUAGAGCCAUAGUGGUGCUUUCGGAGAUCAGAUGGAUCAUAGGUGACGGUCGUUCUAUUGAUGUGCUGGAGGACAGCUGGGCGACGGAGUUGCCUAUUUGUCGCUUGCCGACCAUGGUGGAUUCGGCGAGAUUAGCGGGCUGCAGAGUCAAUGAGUUGUUGACUUUAGAGGGGGGACGGUGGAGGGAGGAGUUGAUCCGGGAGGUUUUUGGGGAGCAGUUGGCGGAGUCGGUUUUGUCUCUUCCAGUUUCCUCUGGGGGAGGGGCUGACAGACAGUGUGGUUGCUGUCGGGACGGUCGCGGAUUCAAGCUAGAGAUCUUCAUGCCUUAA